AUGCAGAGACGGGACAACAUCACAGCGGCGGCGCCUCCACCCCCGGGAGUAACGCCAAACUUUGCACAGCCCGAAGAUGUGCUCUACACCAUCAACUUUGUGACCCAGAUUGCGAGCAUGGCGCUCGUCACGCCGUUUGUCGCCAUGCGGGUCUUGGUCAAGGCCUACAUAUCGCCACCGUUCCUGGUUGAAGAUUAUGUUUGUGUUUUAGCUUGGGUGCUUUCGACUGCAUACAGUGUCACAGCAAUCUUGAUGUACAAAUUCGGGGGUGGCUACCAUGUGUAUGAGCUUAGCGUCGAAAAGUACGAGGGCUUCCUCAAGGCCCUCUACGCCGACACCCUCGUCUACGGCCUCAACGCCUACUUCACCAAGGUCGCCCUCCUGCUCGUCAUAGCGCGUGUCUUCAACUCCUUUCGCAAGACGCGCAUUAUAACCUUCCUCCUCGUCGGCGCCAUGGCCUUUUACUACGCCCCGAUGCUGUUCCUCAAAAUGAACGUGUGCAGACCGAUCAGUGGCUUCUGGACGCCCCUCGCGAGCAUGGAGCCGGGCGCGCCCGCCCCAGUGUGCCUGAACCAGCGGGCCAUGUUCGUCGCCGACACCAUCAUAAGCGCCAUCACCGACACGGCCGUGCUUAUCAUUCCCAUCCCGGCCACCGUGAGCCUCCGGAUGCCGUGGCAGCGACGGCUCAAGGUGUGGAGCAUGUUGGGGCUGGGGGGAGUGGCCACAGCUGCGAGCAUUGUGAGGCUGGUGAUUGUGUUUACGUCGAUACAAGAGUCGGAGGAUCAGACGGUGGAUUUUGUGCGGUUCAAUCUGCUGGGCACCGCAGAAGUCGGCAUCGGCCUCAUAUGCGCCUGCCUACCGGCCAUCAACAUAGUCUUUGCCAAGACCAACGAACAAUCCGCGCAUGCCGAGUCGGAAGGCAGCUCCCCCUCGGCAUACUUUCAACGGCUCAAGUUCCUCCGCGGGAGUCGGCUCCAGACGGCGACGGACAUGUCUUUGGGUACGCGAGCCAGGCCUACCACCACCGCCAACGAGGAUGCGAUUGAGAUGAUGGGCAUCGAGGAGGAGUUGCAGUCGGAUGGGACGAGGGAGGCGCAGUGGGCGGCGGCGGCCGGAAAUCGUAUCGUCCGUGGCAGUCGGCAACUCGGGACUCAACCAGAAGCAACAAGGAGAUCUUGA